GUUUGUCGCUGUGCUUCAGUUUUCUCUCUCAUAACAACAUCAUCAUCAUCAUCAUCAUCAGACAGCAGAAAUCAUGACUCUUUUCUUCUCGACUGAAACAUGGGCUCUUCUCAUGCUGGUUGUGGCACUUCUCGUCAUAUAUGGAUACUGGCCUCACAACGUCUUCAAAAAGUUAGGGAUUCCCGGUCCAAAGCCCAUUCCAUUCUUUGGUACCAUGCUGGAAUACAGAAAGGGUUUCUUUAGUUUUGAUACUGACUGUUUUAAGAAGUAUGGAAAAGUCUGGGGUAUCUAUGAUGCAAGGCAACCUGUCCUCUGUAUUUUAGACAUCUCCAUCUUUAAAACCAUCUUGGUGAAGGAAUGUUACUCGCUCUUUACCAACAGACGGAAUUUCCGUCUGAACGGUCCGCUGUAUGACGCCGUGUCUAUUAUUGAAGAUGAUGAUUGGAGGAGAAUCCGCAGUGUUCUCUCUCCUUCUUUCACUAGCGGGAGGUUGAAGGAGAUGUUUGACAUCAUGAAGACACACUCAAAGACUUUACAUCAGAAUCUGGGAAAAACUUCAAAUCGAGGCGAGACUGUGGACGUUAAAGAGUUUUUUGGAGCGUACAGUAUGGAUGUGGUCACCAGCACAGCGUUCAGUGUGGACAUCGACUCCCUCAACAACCCUAAAGAUCCAUUUGUGACCAACAUUAAAAAAAUGCUCAAGUUUGACUUCCUGAAUCCUCUGUUUCUGUUUGCUGCUUUAUUUCCCUUCACGGUCCCCAUGCUGGAAAAAAUGAAUUUGGCCUUUUUUCCAACAUCUGUGACGGAUUUCUUCUACGCUGCCCUACAGAAGCUCAAGUCUGAGCGCGUUGCAAACGACCACAAGAGAAGAGUUGACUUCCUGCAGCUGAUGGUUGAUUCUCAGAGCGCUGAUAAAGCUGAACAUGGAAACAGUGAACACAGAGAGAAAGGUUUGAGUGAUCAUGAGAUCUUGUCUCAGGCCAUGAUCUUCAUCUUCGCCGGUUACGAGACGAGCAGCAGUACUCUGACCUUCCUCUUCUACAAUCUGGCAACCAACCCAGAUGCACUAAAAAAACUGCAGAAGGAAAUCGAUGAGACCUUCCCUAAUAAAGCUUCAGUGGAUUAUGAGACAUUGAUGAACAUGGAUUAUCUGGACGCUGCUUUGAACGAAUCCCUCAGACUCUUCCCCGUCGCUGCUCGACUCGAGCGUGUCUGUAAGAAGACGGUGGAGAUCAACGGCCUGGUCAUCCCUAAAGACAUGGUUGUGAUGAUCCCCACAUAUGUGCUCCACAGAGACCCGGAGCAUUGGAGCGACCCAGACAGCUUUAAACCAGAACGGUUUACUAAGGGAAAUAAGGAGUCGAUUGAUCCCUGCACAUUUAUGCCCUUCGGAUUCGGACCCAGAAACUGCAUCGGCAUGCGUUUCGCUCAGGUGACCAUGAAGCUGGCCAUCGUGGAGAUCUUUCAGAGGUUUGAUGUCAGUGUGUGUGAGGAGACGCAGGUUCCUCUGGAGCUCGGUGUCAGUGGUCUACUGGCUCCCAAAAACCCCAUCAAACUGAAGUUAACCCCUCGAUCAACUUCUCUCUCCAAUGAUGUUUGCAAUAAUAACAGAUCAUGAAUCAGCUCCAUGUGUUUCUCUUCUCCUGUCGUCUGAGGAGAAAGUGAUGUCUGUCUUUUAAAAUAAAAGGAUAGCGGCGGUUUCAGACUCA